CAGAAAGAAUUAUAAUUGAUCAAGAUAUUGAUGAAACCCUUCAGAUAGUUAGAUAUGAAUUCCAACCAGAAUUUGAAAAGAGAAUUGAACAAGAAUCUUUUAAACGUUUGAAGAGAAAAUAUCCAGAAAAUUUUUACAAGACAGUUAAAAGACAAAAAGUUGAACCAAAAGUUAUUGUGUUGACAGGAACGAUUGGAGUUGGAAAGACUACAUUUGGAGAAAAAUUUGCAGAAUAUUUAGAAGACAAAGGAUUUAGAGUAUAUCGACCUGUUGAGACAUCAUUGAAAAUAAAACGAGAAUUGGAUUUAUUUUACAAAGAUGUUAAGAAUCGUGCCUUGUUUUUUCAAAAUGUGAUCUUAGAAACUUACAAGAAAGAAGUAGAAAAGAUAAAUCGAUUAACUGAUUAUUUACAAGAAAAAAGAUUAAAAAUCGAUCUUAAAAAUAUUCACAAAGUUAUUUAUAUCAAACCAAAUAUCGAGAAUAUGUUAAAAAGACAAGAAAUAAGAAAUCGACCAGGAGAAACUACAGAUACAGAAUAUUUUACCAAGUU